AUGUCCAAGAUUUCACCAAAAAUAUGUUUGCCACAAAAUUUAAGACUAAAUAAAUACAUUAAACAAGAAUAUAUUGAUGAACUGACAGAAAACAAUGUUAAUUAUGAUGCUAAUGAUUGUCAAACGGCUGAUCAAUGUGACAUAAAAGAUUUUAAAUGUGAAAUAAAAAAUCUAGAAGGUAAGAUAAAAACUGAAUUGGAUACAAUUGGCAUUAAUGUAUAUGAAACUUUUAUCAAGAGAGAAUACAGUGAUAUACCACCAGUUGUGUCUAAUACAAUUGACAAGUUGCACAUUAGAAAUAAUCCUAACACAAAUCUCAACACAAAAGCCUUAACUACUAUUAAACGCGAAGUGAAAUCGUCAAAAAAAAAUGAGGAAAAACCAUACAAAUGUACUAUUUGUAGCAGAUCAUUUGGAAAGCAAUUACUCCUCAAUAGACACUUAAAGAUUCAUGAGACUACUAUUACAUACACAUGUGAUAUUUGUAAAGAAUCAUUUUUGAAUGCAUCAAGAUUUAAUAGGCAUACAAUGAUUCAUAAACCUGGCUAUGAUAUAUUAAAACCAUACAGAUGUCAUAUUUGUUUUAAAUCGUUUGCUCAGUUGUCAUAUUUAUGUAAACACAAAAUUAUUCAUAGAGGUUAUAAAUCAUUUAUUUGUGGUAUAUGUAAUAAAUCAUUUUUUCAGAAACAUAGUAUUAGAAAACAUAUUAGGGUUCAUACAGGAGAAAAACCUUACUUAUGUCUAAUUUGUAAUAAAUCUUUUUCUGAUGUAUCAAAUUUAAAUAGACAUAAAAUGACUCAUAUACCCCAUGAUCCAAUAAAACCGAAUGCUCAUAAAAAAUUUAAAUGUGAUGUUUGUUUUAAAUUGUAUUCAAAAAACCACGAACUCACAAAACACAAAAAAAUUCAUUUGGGUGAAAAACCGUUUAAAUGCAAUGUUUGUAAAAAAUCAUGUUUACGUAAACAAGAUAUGGAAAGACAUGUUAGAACUCAUACGGGAGAGAAACCAUUUGAAUGUUUGGUUUGUAAUAAAUUUUUUACUCUUCAAUCAAAUUUAAACAAACACAAAAAACUUCAUCUACCCCGUGAGAUGUUAUAUAAAUAUAAAUGUGAUAUUUGUAAUGAAUCUUUUUUACGAAAAAACCACAUGAGAAGUCACUUGCAGAUUCAUAUGGAAGAAAAACCAUAUAAAUGCAUGACCUGUUAUAAAUCUUUUCUGCAAGCAUCGAGUUUAAGAAAACACGUAAUUGUUCAUGAAACCCAUAAACCAUUUAAUUGUGCCAUCUGCAAAAAAUCAUUUGCUCAAAAAAAACAAAUAAAAAUUCACCUUAAAAAACAUAAAAUAUAG